CCAAAGUACGAUUCUUUUCCACCCGCAGUACGUUCGAACCCGUAGUCCAUUUCACACAGCUCCAGCCUGCAGCUCGUGUGAUACAGUCCGGAUCAAGAAGAGUCAGUCAUUGUCAACGACCAGCAAACGUCACAACGCAACACAAUGUUCUCCGCCCUGAUGGACGCUGCUCGUAACUCACCUUUCAAGGCCCCAUUCAGCCGGGCUCAGUGUGAAGCUGGUGAGAAGUCGCUGGUACCAUCCAGCGGUCGUACGAUCCAGGCUGCCGCCACCAAGGAGGUCGAGUUCGGUUCGAACGAAUUCUUCGGUCUGUGCGCCGUCGGUGGUAUCCUGUCCUGUGGUCUGACACACACGGCUGUCGUACCGCUGGAUCUGGUCAAGUGCCGCCUGCAGGUCGACCAGGCCAAGUACAAGAACCUGUUCCAUGGCUUCAAGAUCACCGUUGCUGAGGAGGGUGCCCGCGGAUUGGCCAAGGGAUGGGCCCCGACCUUCUUCGGUUACUCGGCACAGGGUGCCUUCAAGUUCGGUCUGUAUGAAGUGUUCAAAAUCCAGUACGCCAACAUGAUUGGCGAGGAGAAUGCCUACCUGUACCGCACCUGGGUGUACCUGGGAGCCUCGGCAUCGGCUGAGUUCUUCGCCGACAUCGCUCUGUCGCCGCUGGAAGCUGCCAAGGUCAAGAUCCAGACCACGCCAGGCUACGCAAACAACUUGCGUCAAGCCAUGCCCAAGAUGAUGGGCGAGGAAGGUAUCGCCGCCUUCUACAAGGGUCUGGUACCCCUGUGGUGCCGUCAGAUUCCAUACACCAUGAUGAAGUUCGCCUGCUUCGAACGUACCGUCGAGCUGCUGUACAAGCACGUCGUACCGAAACCACGCUCCGAUUGCACCAAGGGUGAACAGUUGGUUGUCACAUUCGCUGCCGGUUACAUUGCUGGUGUGUUCUGUGCCGUCGUUUCCCAUCCAGCUGAUGUAGUGGUAUCCAAACUGAACCAGGCCAAGGGAUCCAGCGCCAUCGAUGUGGCCAAGAAGCUCGGCUUCAUGGGCAUGUGGAACGGUCUGACUCCGCGUAUUAUCAUGAUCGGUACACUGACGGCCCUGCAGUGGUUCAUCUACGAUGGUGUCAAGGUAGCCAUGAACAUCCCCCGCCCACCACCCCCAGAGAUGCCAGAGUCGCUGAAGAAGAAGCUCGGAGUCGAAUAGAUUUCGAGAAACCUAAUUCAGUGUGUAGUGUGUGCUCUAAACAAAUUGUGAUUAAGGAAUAAGUUUUAGCCGAAACCGGCAGGCAGGCAAGACCGUGCCGCGACUAACAGUGAAGCGGGAAAACAAAACGUGUAUCGCGCGGAAAUGAGAGUGCGACCUUAACCUAAUCAAGAUCAACGUGGUAAUAAAACAAAUACGGGAAAGUGUAUUUAAACAAGUUCUAAA